UCAAGAUGUCGGGGGAAGAGGAGACGUGUUUAGACUCGGCAAACACGCAGCGAGCUCAAGCAUUUAUACUGAACCAGCUUAAUGAACAUCAUCCGUUCAGUUCACGAGUAAGACCGGACGCCACUCCAACGCCAUCUUGUAAUGGCUUCGCUCCACAUAUGGGUACCACCAGUGCCGGAAGUAGCAGUCAACAAGCAACUCAGAGUAAUUUUCCUUUUUCAAACAUUACGGAAAAUGGCGGGAAUUCUAUUGAAAAUGUUGAAACCUUUUUCAUGAGAGUUUUAACGCGAGUAAAUGCUACAAUUGAGAUGAACGAGAAAAGGAUAGCUGAACAAGACUACAGAGAGAGAAUUAAGUUAGAGUGGCAACAUGUUGCUAGGAUAAUUGAUAGAAUUCUCUUAACAAUUUUUGUGGCUGUGACUUUAACCACAACUUGUGCUGUAAUGUUCCAAGCUGGUGAUUGA